AUGAUUGUCGUCUUUUACGGUCUCUUUGUGACACUGCAGCUUACAAUGACAGAUGACACGCUAUUGUCAUACAAAUUGGCAGUUGAUGUGACUGAUGUUACGGUUGGAUCGAUCUUACUGCUGGAAAUUCUACUUAAAUUGUUUGUCUAUGGAAUUUACUAUUUAAGAGAGAUGUGGACGCUUUUUGACGCGCUGAUUAUUGUUAUUAGCUUAAUGCUGGGAGGUAUUGCUGCUAUGGGAACGACGUCGACUUUUAUGGUCAAGAUAUUGAAACUGCGAGUGAUUAUACGAGUGCUAAGAAUGAUCGUGGUAUUUGAGCGAGUAAAACAGAGGUCCAAGUCUAUGAAUCUCAUGCAUAUUAAUAAGGGAGCAAUUACGUCACCUGUGGAACUCGUACUUCGAGUUUUAAAUGAGUUGCGUUUCCAUCCAGCAAUUUGUCCAUCGCUCAGAGAUGGGGUAGAUUUUGCUAUCCAUGCUAUUAAGGAUAACCAGCUAUACGAUGCGAAUGCAUUGCUAACAGCGGACGGAGUCGAUGGCGAUACGCAGAAUUGGCUACGUGGUGAAAUGCUGUUUAGAAAGUACUUAAGCGACAUAUCGCCUGGAGAUGCUAAAAAAGACGACGAGCUUGGGAGCCCGAAUCGAAAACGUCAACGCUCAUGGACUGGAAGCUCCUGUUCCGACAUGGAUGACGCAGCUGAAGUUGUGAUCGGCAGCUCAGAUGAUAGUGCAGCUGCCGGGUCCAAGCCUCCGUCACCUUACAGACAUCAUUAUCGAUACUUGCUUUCCCAUGCGGAUGGAGGAGCAAUAAUGCAAGAUCUUUAUCCAGCGUUGAGCUCUGAUUCCGAAAUUGAAUUGCAGAACCUGCUUCAAGACGUAAGUUUGUGGAAUUUUGAUGUCUUCCAGGUGCAUGUUGUUUCUGGUGGAAAUGCACUUUACUACAUUGGGCAGCACCUUCUUGAUGGCGGUUCUUGUCAGGCGUUGAAUAUUGAGAGCAACGUGCUUGUGAACUUUUUGUUAGAGAUCCAACGUGGAUAUACCUCGACGAACCCGUAUCACAAUGCCAUUCACGCUGCUGAUGUUAUGCAGACUGUGCAUUACUUCCUUAUCCAGCCAGAAUUAGCACCGUAUUUACGCCCACUGGAUCGUGCUCUGUCGUUGAUUGCUUCAGGUAUGCACGACUUCAUGCAUGAUGGCUUCAACAAUAGUUUCCACAUCUCAACGGCGUCGGAAAUCGCAUUGCGCUACAACGACAAUGCGGUGUUGGAGAACUACCAUGUAGCACAAUCCUUCUUGGUUAUGAAGAAUUCUAACCUCAAUGUGCUAGGUCAGCUAGCUUCGGAUGACUUCAAGUACGCACGUGACAUGAUUAUUCAGAUGGUGCUAGCAACUGACAUGGCUAAACAUUUUGAGGACGUGGCUCUUUUUAAAACUAAUAUCUUAUCGGCAGCUCUUGAUGAGAGUGCUGUAUUGAUCAAGGACGUAGGUGACAAAAAGUUGUUGCUCAAAAUGAUUCUUCACACUUGCGACGUAUCAAACCCAGCCAAAGAGCGCAAAACGAUGCUACGCUGGACUGAUCGCGUAGUGAAAGAGUUUUUUAUUCAGGGCGAUAUGGAGAAACAGCUCGGACUUCCGGUCUCACCUUUCAUGGACCGAGACAUUAUUGUGCUCAAGAAAAUGCAGGUUGGCUUUGCAGAUUUCAUUGUGUCUCCGCUUUUUAGUGUUUGGGCUCAGAUUCUUGUCAACGUAAAUACCGGUGCCUACCGGGCUUUACUCUCGAACCGCGAAUUCUGGUCGUCAGUUUCAGACGACUUCAAACCACACAUGAUUGUGGAAGUGAUUCGAGAUCUGGAAGCUCAGCGGCAAUGCGGUACUAAAACACAAAACACAAUUCAAGAGGAACAUUUUUCGCUGCAAUCGCAUCGUAGUGUGACGAGCAUGCUACUCGAAGUAGAUGAUGGGUGA